AUGGACCGGUGCACAACACCCGAAGUUUGCUCGAGUUUGCCGAGAAGAUUCAAGGAACCUCCCGGUGGUCUGGCGGAGCGCAGGGACCCGUUGCGGGACGGGCGGCUGCUCGGCCCUCAGCUGCGCGUCAAGCCCGAUUCCAGUGACUUGAUGCUAAGAAUUUACAGAGCUGAGUCAUAUGUUGGCCUCCAAGAAUAUAAAACAGCCAUAGAAGAUCUAAAUUUUGUUAUUUCUAAAACGCCAAAUUGGCCAGAGGUCUACUUCCGGAAAGGAAAAGUGCUGCAAGACUCUGGCUUUGUAGGUGAUGCCUUACAACUAUUUCUACAGUGCUUAGCCCUUGAUGAGGGCUUUCUUCCAGCCAAGCUAGAAGUAGAAAGGACAUUGUGUGAUGUGCUGUCACCAGAGAAGUUAGGAGAGAGUCUGAAGGAAUCUGCUUGGAAUUCACCACAUAUUCGAAAUAAAUCUUUUGUACUUGGUUCUGAGAUGACUGAGUCUUACUGCAACUUACAGCUUUGUCCUGAGCAGAGUUUAGGAGGAUCAGAAGUACUGGAGCCUGUCAGUGGAAGUUUAAAUCGUGCACAGUCUGCCCAUGCUCUUAACUCAACAAAAGACCUUGCCAAGGAAGAUGGCUUAAAGAGAGUGUCUUCUGAACCCCUUCUCUCUGGCCAAGAAAAAGGUGCUUUGUUGAAAAGAAAGCUUUCCUUUUCCGAACACGAUACAGUUGUAUGUGAAGAUGGAAGAAACAAACACAAAAAGCAAGGAGAAAGUACAAAAAGGGAUGUGACACUGGCUUUUGGGACAAUUCCAGGGGAUUUGAUUGAUGUAUCGGAUUUUGAGUGCUCUCUGUGUAUGAGGCUAUUCUUUGAGCCAGUGACAACCCCUUGUGGACAUACUUUUUGCAAAGGUUGCUUGGAACGUUGUUUAGACCAUGCUCCUCAGUGUCCACUCUGUAAGGAGAGUUUGAAAGAGUACCUUGCAAGCAGAAAAUACAGCAUCACAGAACUGCUGGAGGAAUUAAUAAUGAAAUACUUGUCUGAUGAAUUAUACGAGAGAAAAAGAAUUCAUGCUGAAGAAACUGCUGAACACUCAAACUUGACUAAGAAUGUUCCAAUGUUUAUUUGCACUAUGGCAUAUCCUACUGUGCCUUGCCCUCUACAUGUGUUUGAGCCAAGAUACCGACUAAUGAUUCGCAGAAGUAUGGAAACUGGGACUAAACAAUUUGGGAUGUGUAUAAGUGAUUCGCAAAAUGGUUUUGCAGAUUAUGGAUGCAUGCUGCAAAUUAGGAACAUUCAUUUUCUACCUGAUGGACGGUCUGUUGUUGAUACAGUUGGUGGAAAGAGAUUUAGAGUUUUACGGAGAGGGAUGAAAGAUGGUUAUUGCACUGCAGACAUCGAAUAUUUGGAAGAUGUUAAGGUUGCUGAUGAAGAAGAACUAAAGAAACUGACAGAACUUCACAAUUUUGUUUACAAUCAGGCCCGCAGUUGGUUCCAAAACUUAAGAAACAAAUUUCGCACUCAGAUUCUUCAGCACUUCGGGCCAAUGCCUGCCAGGGAGGAAGAUAUACAGGCAAUGCCCAAUGGUCCUGCUUGGUGUUGGUGGCUUCUAGCUGUUCUCCCAGUAGACCCCAGAUAUCAGCUGUCAGUUCUCUCCAUGAUGUCUUUAAAAGACCGUCUGAUAAAAAUCCAACAUAUACUCACAUAUUUUUCUAGAGACCAGUCCAAGUGACUAACUGCCUGGGUCUUCCUGAAAAGUUACUCUGUUCUGGUUGUAGUAGCAGCUGGAAUUUUUGCUGCCUUUGCACAUCUGGCACUGGUUUGAGAAGUGUAAUGGAACUGCUUUUUCUCUCCUCCCCACGCUCCCGACUUCCUGAACCACGUGGUUCUUUGAAUGCACACUUUCUUCAACUAUGAGAGAAGACCACUGAUGGUUGCACAAAGUCAAUCCAGCUAGAUAUAUCUUUCAUGUUAUCUACAUUACGAUUUGCACUAUGUAGAAGAGAACCUUUUUGAGACUUGAUAAUUUUAGCCACUGACUUUUUAAAGCUGUGGGAAGUGCAGGACUUAAGGCUGACAGUCCAAGUUUACAACGUUGAGGUGUUAAAGGUUUUGCAAAUGUUUGCCUCAUACAACUGUUCUUUUGCUGUUUGCACAAAUAUUUGAAAUAUAGUAUUGAAUGUCACUGUUGGAUAUUACU